GUUCCAGAUCGUACGCCAUGCUGCUUCGGACCGAGCGCCGCCGCCGCUCCACCUUUAUCUUAACCAAAGAAAUUAAUCUCACAUAGACGCCAUAUAACAUGUGAACCAUGAAACUGGACCUACUCUUCAAUAUCGACACGUUCGACAACCGUACUGUAGACUUUAGAGACCUCUCCACUUCCAUGUAUCUCACGGAUUCUUACGUCAACAAAUCUUUAGACAUUAAUGAGACAACCAACGACUUGGUCUACACACAGUUUGAUGACAACCCGACAAUUGUGGCUAUAGUUGUCAUGAAAUGUCUUAUUAUGCUGUUUAUUAUUCUAGCAGCGAUUUUCGGGAACUUACUAGUCAUAGUUUCUGUCAUGAGACACAGAAAACUGCGCGUCAUCACGAAUUAUUUCGUCGUGUCACUCGCGCUAGCUGACAUGUUGGUAGCUAUUUGGGCGAUGUGCUUCAAUUUUAGUGUGGAGAUUACCAAUGGAGAGUGGCUGUUCGGGUAUUUCAUGUGUGAUGUGUGGAAUUCCCUGGAUGUAUAUUUUUCUUCUGCAUCAAUAUUGCAUCUGUGCUGCAUUAGCGUGGAUAGAUACUACGCUAUCGUUCAGCCGCUGGACUAUCCUUUAAUAAUGACAACGGGGAAACUAGGGAUCAUGCUGGCCGUAGUAUGGUGUAGUCCAGCUUUGGUCUCCUUUCUACCGAUCUUCAUGGGAUGGUAUACGACGGAAGACCAUCUGGACUUUAGGAAAAGACACCCAAAAGUGUGCAGUUUCACUGUGAACAAAGUGUAUGCCGUGAUUUCGAGUAGUGUGAGUUUCUGGAUCCCGGGAGUGAUAAUGUUGUUUAUGUACUAUAGAAUAUAUGUGGAAGCUGAUCGACAGGAGAGGAUGUUGUACAGGAGUAAAGUAGCAGCCCUCCUGCUGGACAAGCAUCUGCAGAUCAACGGCAUCUCCAUGGGCGAGGUGAUGCGAGAGCGACAGAGCAUACAGAUGCAGCCCGCUUGCAGCAACAAGAUGAAGAGAGAGAGGAAAGCGGCGAGGACGCUGGGCAUUAUCAUGUCUGCGUUCUUGGCUUGCUGGCUGCCUUUCUUUUUAUGGUACAUAAUAACAGCGCUCUGCGGUCCAGCGUGCCCCUCCCCUCCAGCCGUGGUGGCGGGCAUGUUCUGGGUGGGCUACUUCAACUCUGCGCUCAACCCACUCAUCUACGCGUACUUCAACCGCGACUUUCGCGCCGCCUUCCGCAAGACGCUGGCCUCUUGCUGUAGAUCACUAUGCGGUGAUAUGCCCUACCGCCACUGCUGUCCACGGCGGCGCGAGCACCACCACUCCAACGUGUCCUCAGACAUCCAUAUGAACCACUGUGUCAAGUCAACUUCAGCUGAUCUGUUGAGGGUGGUGCCCGCCUCAUCGUCAAGGCCAGAUGAGUGCGAUUAA